AUGGCCACCGUCCCGGAGAAAGAAGGCUCCCUCCACGAGGUCGAAGGUACAAAAGGUCAUACAGAUCCCACUCUUCAAAUCUACGUCGAAUUCGCAUCCAAAGAUUUGCAAUGGAAAGUCAUGCAGAACAAAAAGCUACUUCGCAAAGUCGACGUUCGGCUUCUUCCCUUCUUAAUCUUAAUGUAUCUCCUCAACUUUCUCGAUCGUUCGAAUCUGGCCCAAGCUCGACUCGGUUCGCUCGAGGCGGAUCUGGGUAUGACAGGCACAGACUUCAACCUUGCGACAAGUAUACUGUUUGUUGGGUAUUUAACGAUGCAAUUGCCGUCCAAUCUACUUAUUACUCGAGUGCGCCCGUCUAUCUAUCUAGGACUUGUCAUGACGCUUUGGGGCAUUGUGUCGGCUGCCCAGGCUGGUACUAAAUCGUUUGGGGGCCUGCUGGCUUGUCGAAUCAUGCUCGGAGUGACUGAGGCGCCAUUUUUCCCUGGCGCUAUCAUGCUCAUGAGCUCAUGGUACACUCGAGAAGAGUUGGCUCAUCGGAUAUCUUGUCUAUUCUGGUAA